GCCAGCCUACAUCACCAAGUUCUCAUUCUCGAUUCUCGCAUCCUCCACCUCUCUUCUCUCUUAAAAAAUGGAUCGGAAUGGCAUGCUUGGAUUGGCACUGCUGUGCAUUAUUAUCGCCGGUGUCGGUGGUCAAGCACCGGCUGCGACACCGACAUCAACUCCCGCGACUCCAACAACUCCUGCCGUGCCAGUAGCAGCACCAACAAAACCUACAACACCAGCUCCCGUAUCAUCACCACCUGCGGCAACACCAGCAGCUUCUCCACCGAAACAGACGGUUUCAGUUCCAGUUGCGGCUCCAUUGGCCACACCACCUCCAUCCGCGACUCCAGUUAGCUCCCCACCGACUCCAGUUCCUGUUAGUUCUCCACCAGCAAAAUCUCCUCCGUCUCCUGAGCCUGUUGCUUCCCCAACUAGUGCUCCACCGGCAAGCACUCCAGUUGCUCCACCGACCGCAGAGGUCCCUGCUCCUUCUCAUAGUAAAAAGAAGCCAAAGAAGCACCAAGCACCAGCUCCUGGUCCGGCAUUGUUGAGCCCACCAGCACCACCAACGGAGGCCCCUGGACCUAGUGCUGAAUCUGUCUCUCCUGGUCCUUCUCUCUCUGACAACAGUGGAGCGGAAACAAUAAGAUGCUUGCAGAAGAUGGCAGGAGGUUUGGCAUUGGGAUGGGGUCUGCUUGCUUUGAUCUUCUAGAGAGAGAGAGGGAGAAGAUGUUUUCAUCAUAUUACUUCUGUAAUAUUAUUAUUUUAAUCUUUUGUCCCCCAUGUUCUCUUAAUUAUUUCGGGCUCAUCACAUCUGAUAUAUUUUUAAUUUCACAUUUUUUGGUUAAAUUAUUUUUGUCACUCCCCGGCUUGCGGUUUGGUUUCGGGGGGUGACGACAUUUGCUUUGUAUCUCGUAGUUUUCUAUUCAUUACCUUUAUCUUUUUGCGAUUAUUAUAGGUAUGGUGAUUCUCUGA